GCAGAUUAUUCAGCCGAUCUAGUCAGCAAAGCUAUACCACAGGCAGAGAAACACUGAGAACUGAGGAGGCAUAAGAGUGACGGGUACAUUCUGAUAAAUCUACCUUCAUCCUUUGCAAAUUAUGAAAGGAUGUGUUUUAAAAUAGCAAGAGCAUAAAGGUCACACUUAAACCUCUCCAGGAAGCCCCGUAUUGCGGUUCUCCGAAUUUCGGAAUGUUUUAAAACGAUUGGUGAAAACUGGAGAAUCGCUGGCAGUAUUAGCAGGCUAGCCACCUAUUAUAAGGAGGGGGUACUUGAAGACAGACUGGAGGAGAGACAUUGAAUAGACGUGUCUAAAAAUUCUGCGUACAUUUGGAACAGAAAAGGAGAGGAGCUGAUAGAUCGUUAUUCUAUUUGUACAAGAGCUAGCAACAUUGCUAGCUGUUCAGUUUCGCCAGAAUGGAAUUGAGAGUGGGAAACCGAUACAGACUUGGUAGGAAAAUCGGAAGUGGAUCAUUUGGAGACAUCUAUUUGGGUACGGACAUUUCUGUGGGAGAGGAAGUAGCCAUCAAGUUGGAAUGUGUGAAGACGAAGCACCCCCAGCUUCACAUCGAGAGCAAGAUCUACAAGAUGAUGCAGGGCGGAGUGGGCAUCCCUACCAUAAAGUGGUGCGGGGCGGAGGGCGACUACAAUGUGAUGGUGAUGGAGCUGCUGGGACCCAGCCUGGAGGACCUCUUCAACUUCUGCUCCCGCAAAUUCAGCCUGAAGACCGUGCUGCUGCUCGCUGACCAGAUGGUAAGGCUGCACAACAGGGCACACCCACUCAUGACCUCCGACCUUUGACAUCCCAGGCCCCUUUCUCUAGUGUAACACAAUCACCUUUUAAGGGUGUGUGUGCAGUUUUGUUGUUAAUAGACAUUGAAUGUAUGAUAGUUGGUAGUAUUUUGAUUGUCCCAGGUGUUCCAACACAUUGAUUAUUUGUUGUUGUUGUUGUUGCUGCUGCUUUUUUUAUUAAUUUAAUGCCCACCCUAUUUAGACUGUAAAAAUAUAAAAGAACGAAACAAAGAGAAGUAAUCACUCAAUUAGCAUAUACAUUAACAAAGCAUUGCAAUGUUGAACAUUGUUGCAUCUUAAAAGCAUUAAAUUCUUUGGCAACAGUGUUUACAUAUUCCAUCUUCAAUGUGCUCAGAAUUUUCCAUAAAACCAUUAGCCCUAAAAGAAACGCAUCCAUGAU